CAUCUUCCCUUUUUCAUUCUCUCCCUCCUUCCGGCUCACACCCCCUGAUUCCCCCAUCAGCCUCACCUCCCCUCCACUACCUCCGAGCAGCAGCCAAGAGAGAGGGAGCUCCGCAAGCCGCGGCACAAGAGGAGGCAAACCCUAGCACAAAGACUCACUUUCUCCGGAGCAAGCCAGGCCGGAUAGCAUAGCAUCCGCAUCGCCGCCGCAUCACCCACCACCAUGAUCUUCCCCCCUGCCUUCCUGGAUUCCUCGAGCUGGAACGAUAACCAGCAGCAGCAGCAGCAGCAAGCUCACCACCACCAGCAGGUUGCCGCCAGCGGAGGUGGCGGCGAGGGCAAUCAUGACCUUCUCCAGCCAUCAAUCAUGGGGGGAGCGCUUCCCGAAGGUGGUGCUGCUGGCGGCGGCGGCGGCGGGCAGGUGGGGCUGGCGAAGCCGAUAUCCAUGGCCGAGCGCGCGCGGCUGGCGAGGAUCCCGCUGCCGGAGCCGGGGCUCAAGUGCCCCCGCUGCGAGUCCACCAACACCAAGUUCUGCUACUUCAACAACUACUCGCUGUCGCAGCCGCGCCACUUCUGCCGCGCCUGCCGCCGCUACUGGACGCGCGGCGGCGCGCUCCGCAACGUGCCCGUCGGCGGGGGCUACCGCCGCCACGCCAAGCGCGCCAAGCCCAAGCAGGCGGCGGCCGCCGGGACGACGUCAUCGGCCACCGCCACCGCCGCGCUGGCUCCCGCCGGGUCCGCCACGUCGUCAGCCGCCUGCACCACCACGACCAACGUGCCCGCGCUCCCCGGCGGCCCCGCCAUGCUCGGCGGCAACCACCUGUCCAUGCUGCCACCGCUGCUGCGCCUCGCCGACUUCGACGCCAUGAGCCUCGGCUCGAGCUUCUCCGGGAUGGGGAAGCCGCCCCUCGACGCCGCGGGAGGCUACUCGGUGGGUGGCAGCAGCGGUCCCGGGCUGGAGCAGUGGAGGGUGCAGCAGAUGCAAAGCUUCCCGUUCCUGCAUGCGAUGGACCAGGGCCCGCUGUGGCCACCUCUGGCCAUGACAAUGGCGCCCGGGAUGUUCCAGCUAGGUCUAGACAGUGGCGAUGGCCGUGGCGCCGGUGGAGAAGACGGGUCGGGAGAGCUCCACGUGAUGCAAGCCAAGAGGGAAGGCGGCGGCGGCUACCCAGCAAGAGGCAUCUAUGGCGAUCACCACCUCGCCGCUGCCGGUUACGCUUCCUAUUCCAACAAUGCUGCUACAGGUAACCAUCUCUUGUAAUGGUCAGGGCCAUCUACAAUGAUCGUUAAGACGUUAGUUGUUCCUACAACUAGCUAGAGACGGAGUGUGUGAUGGUAUUGUGAUGUAGAAAAGGCUAGCAUGCAUUUGCAAUGUUUUCUUCUUCAAGAACUGGUGGAGAGGGAGAGGGGGGGGGGGGGGGGGGGGGGAGAGAGAGAGACAAUGGUGCUCGAUUUGGACAUGGACGAGCCGUAUGCUGGAUCAUGCAUGCACAAGUAUUAUCUAUAGCUGCACGUUAGCUCGAAUGAUCACUAGCUUGGUUUUAUGUUUCUUCUUUCUUUCUUUGUUUUUCCCUAUGAUGAUCGGGUCCAUUUAGGUUUCACUGUCGAGCAUUUGGGGUGAAGUAAUGUGUACUGCUGUUGAUCAUUUUGUUCAUGGAAACACCUAUCAUAUGUCAAUUAUUCCCCCCUUUUAACUACAUAUAUAUAGCUCUCUUGAUCUCCA